GGCUCGGGCUCCAGCGCGGGGCUCGGCGGCGCGGCCCCAGAAGGCAGCGAGGCCGGGCGGGCCGCGGCGGCCCGCGCCCCCCCCGCCAGGCCCGCCAUGCAGGGCCCCGCCGGGAACGCGAGCCGCGGACUGCCGGGCGGGCCGCCCUCCACCGUGGCGCCCGGGGCGGGCCGCUGCGAGAGCGGCGCGCUCAUGCACAGUUUCGGCAUCUUCCUGCAGGGGCUGCUCGGCGUCGUGGCCUUCAGCACGUUGAUGCUUAAACGUUUCAGAGAACCAAAGCAUGAAAGACGGCCAUGGAGGAUAUGGUUUUUAGACACUUCCAAACAAGCCAUAGGAAUGCUGUUCAUUCAUUUUGCAAACGUUUACCUGGCAGAUCUCACGGAGGAGGACCCUUGUUCACUGUACCUCAUCAAUUUCCUCUUGGAUGCCACCGUGGGCAUGCUGCUCAUCUACGUGGGCGUGCGUGCCGUCAGUGUCCUGGUGGAGUGGCAACAGUGGGAAUCUCUGCGUUUUGGCGAAUAUGGAGACCCUCUGCAGUGCGGAGCCUGGGUUGGGCAGUGCGCUCUUUACAUCGUGAUCAUGAUUUUUGAAAAAUCUGUCGUCUUCAUUGUCCUCCUGAUACUUCAGUGGAAAAAGGUGGCCCUGUUGAAUCCCAUUGAAAACCCAGACCUGAAACUGGCCAUCGUCAUGCUGAUCGUCCCCUUCUUUGUCAAUGCUUUGAUGUUUUGGGUUGUGGACAAUUUCCUCAUGAGAAAAGGGAGGACGAAAGCUAAACUAGAAGAAAGAGGAGCCAACCAGGACUCGAGGAAUGGGAGCAAGGUCCGCUACAGAAGGGCCGCAUCCCAUGAGGAGUCAGAGUCUGAGAUCCUGAUCUCAGCCGAUGAUGAGAUGGAGGAGUCCGACAUGGAGGAGGACCUCCGCAGACUGACCCCCCUGAAGCCUGCGAAGAAAAAGAAGCACCGCUUUGGACUGCCUGUAUGACACAUUCCCAUGCUGGGAGUCAGGUUCAGCACCAGCCAGCUGCUGGGUCAGCAGAUGGCCGCUCUGCUGCGUCGUCCCUCCUUCCUCUCUGCCCCUCCUCUUCUACCUCCACUCCUCUUGCUGUCUCUGCCCACUCCCAGACUACUGUGACUCGAGAGAGGGAUGACGAGCCAGCGCCGAGGGGUCGUGGCAGUCGGAGGUCCCCACUCAGUUGCACUACAAACACUGACCAAAUAUGCAAGCGAGGCGUUUUGUUUGUUUGUUGUUGUCCCGAACUGUGCUGUGAGGGACCCAGAGCCCAUCCUGUGUCUGGUGGGGUGGCGUUGAGGAAGGGGACACACACCUAGACCGGGGAGCUUUCCUCAAGGCUCGGGGAGUGUGAGACAUAAUAUGUUUGGGGCUAAAAGUCACUCAUUGACCAACUUGGAACCGCAAUGCUUUCUUACUCAAAAUGGCUUUUGUAACUAUUGAUUUCUAAAGCCGGUUUUAUGAGCUGUCACAGUGUUAAUGUUUUUUAAGUAUGUGUUUAUUUCCUAUGGGACUAAUGGGCAAAACAUAGAUUUUUAAGUCUUCCGUA